AUGACCCAGGCCGGCCUGUGGGGGGUGGCUAGUUGCCACCACCUGCAGGUCGGCCAUACACAUGAGGAUGUCGAUGCGAUAUUCAGUUUGGCAGCAGUAGCUUUGAGGACUUGCCAACCCCAAUAUUUACAGACCCCUAUGGAUAUUGCCCGACGUCUUGAAUCCAAGCUUGGCCACCUUUGGACAAAGAAGGGUCUUAUCUUCAACAUUGAGCUGGUGGAUACUGUACGCGACUGGGUGUCUUUGCUACCUUCCGGGUUGAGUCUGAAAAAUGCAUUUCGGGCAAGAAAGUGGAUUGACAACGAAGAUCAAAUUCCACUGCCUCAAUCAUUCACUUUCAUGACACGGGCAGGCCUUCCAGAUCAAGGCGCCAAUCUCGAGCUGAGCGAUCGGGUACCGAGGGCCAUGCGAGCUGACAAUGUGAUCGAUGAUACCUUCUGCAUGAUCAAAGAAAGAAUGGCCAGUGAUGGGCUAUGCCAGUCGCCUUUGCUAGUUCUCCCAGGGUCCUUCAUAGAAGAAAGCAAGAGGUUGUUGAGGCGGGCAAAUGAAGAAAGUUGCCCAGUUAAGACCUGUCACCUUGACCAAGACCGACGGGAUGAACUUAGGAUGCUGAAAAUUGGUCAGUUUGUUGCCACUGAGCCCAUUGAGAAACUUCGGGCAUACUUCGACUCUAAGCAGGGGCCCUCUCCAGUGGAGCUAGUUGCUGAAUUGCAGCAAGCGGUCGAGCUGCAGAAGCGUCAGAUUACAACUCGUUCUAUGUCGCUUCGUGACCAUUUGAACCGGGUUACCGCAGAUUACAACCGCAUGGUGACCAGCAAGAAGCACCGAUUGGACUCUGGCAAAAAAAGCACUGGUGUGCCUCACGAAGUGCUUCAAUUGGACUACUUCGUCCCUGGCUCGAGCAGUCGAUUGGAACAUGAACGGUAUAGAGGGAAGAAGCAGUUUGCAGCCAUGUUGAAUGUGACGGACGAUAUUACAAUGACCUAUUUUCGCCGGGUAGUUCAGGACUUUUGCAGAAAAGCAUCCAGGGAAGCCAGUACAAAAGCAAAGGCCCAUGGGAAGAGCCUUGAAGACUUCGUGGAGAAACACCAGGAUCAGUCCAAAAAUGCCUUGCGGAAGAGCAUGGAGGCGGCGUUUGCU